AUGGAUGACUUCAAAAGGCCCUCCAAGUCUCAUCUCAUGACCUACCACAUCGGCCGCGGCGAACAAGGCGUCCUAACCUACGAACCCUACAAAUCCUACCUCCUCCCUCACUGGCGCUUCCGCACUAUUCCCAUCGCGCAGAAAUCCUCAAAGAUCCUCUGGGAGAAAUUCCUCCAGUUCUACGACAACGAUGAUUUCGUAGGGAUGGACAUGGCCCGCAAGUUCAUUCAGAUGGGUAUGACAAGGUCGAAGAGAUAUGCGAAUUACAAAGGUGGAAGGAAAUAUGUCGAUGGGAAAGAGAAAGGGGUUCAAAAUGAGAGGAGUCAGGGGCAUGAGGGGAAGGAAGAGAAAGAGGAGGCUAGUAUGGUUUUCAGGGUGGUUUGGGAGAGGUGUAAGGAGCAUGAGGGGUACCUGGAAAUGAAGAAGGAGUUUCAGAAAGAACAGAAGGAGUGGGUUAAGAGCGAGAGGAAGGAUGAUGACUAG